AUGUUUCGUAUAAAUGAUUACCAGUAUGGUCCACGUACUUCCGUAGCACUUGAACCGCCUUUUCAUCAAGCUGUUAACACUCCAUCAAUCGAAAAUUUGACGGCUAUCUUGAAAACAUGGGAUGCUUCUCAUAGAGCCGAAGGAUUUGAUCCAAUACCAACACUUACUAGCAUAGCGGAAAUCAUCGAGCAGGCUGUCGAUGAUUUCCUUAAACUCGAUCCGGAUCCGCUCGAUGACAGACAUCCGGCUCGGACUCAUCCACAAGCUGAGUUCGGGAACCUUUUAAAGAUCCUGUUCCGCAACGAUGAUUUUAUGAACAAGCUCGUGAUAUCCUAUUUGCUGGGUCGUGAUCAACCGGAACUGAGUGUUGUUGCUGCUCGAGUGCUACUGGAUUGUGUACCUGGUUUGGAUGCUGCUGAGGUCUUCUCAGAGCCCAGUGACUUUAUUCCUCAACUCUAUAUAUGGGCUAAAGAUAGUCCAAAUGAAGUGCUGCGUGCUUAUUCAAUCGGACUGCUUGCGUCUGCCUUAGAAGUACAGGGUAACGCCCAUAAGUAUCGGGCGAACAAUAUCGAUCUGAUGCCUGUGGCUCUGAGAAGACUUGCUGAUUUAAAGGUUUUUUUACUUUACUUAUGUUUUGAAAAGAAAGCUUCUACCGAAUUCACUACCGUCCCUUCGUAUUCGGCGCUGCAUAAUCUGGAAAGUAGCAAUAGCACAUGGAAUAUGGUUCAGCCUUAUGUUAUCGGAACGCACAAAGUUUUUACAUAUGUGAUGAGGCCACCUUACGUUGUUUUAUUUCAGCUAUUAAAUUUUGCUAUCGAGGGUCAUGCUAUGGAACUCAUCUUUGAAUACAUUGAUUUGGAGAGGAUGCGUGACGUACGACUAACUUUUGAUGCUUUACGGUAUCUUACCUCAUUGCUUGUUCAUCGGAAAUUUGCCCUGGAGUUUAUUGCUCGUGAUGGUGUAUCUGCUCUUGUAAAAGUGCCUCGAGCCUCAAUGGCUUCACCAGCUGCAGUUACUGCUCUCUAUUAUCUCUCUUAUAAUGAAGAAAUAAUGGAGAAAGUGUGCCAGCUGAACGAGAAGCUUCUUGAUGAUGUUGUAGAAUACGCUCUAUGGUGUUUGGAGCAUAGUUAUGAAAGCGGUAUGGGUAGUGCCGCGAUGUUCUUUGCUCACGGUUUCUACUACAGGCCUAUUCUAGAGCGUUUCGAUCAGCGAGAUGGCCUUAGAAAGCUGUAUAAUUAUAUAUCGACGCUGACUUUACUGCAAGGGUCAAACAAGGAAAAGAUUGACUUAACGGAAGAACAACACCUAACUAGUGCAGAAGCUGUACGGAACGCUGUUUCUGAUUUCAAAGCUUAUUUCGAGGCCCAUCUAUUCGUCAAGUUAGAGCAGAUUAGACGAACAGUUGGUAAUAAAAUACUUCUCGCCGGAUGCAAUUAUCCUGCUGGACUGCAUGCUAACCAUCGAUCAUACAAGGUACCGUCUUCAGUGAUUAAUUGGAUAUAUUUUCUUUCAUUGAUGAGCAAUCACGAAGUUGUUACUAGAUAUUGUUCGGUUAAACUAGCCAUUCCCUCCCAACGCAAUGUUUUUAAUGGCGGUUUAGUGUUUACGUGUUUUCCCGUUACAGGUUUGACACAUCAGUUUAUAAUAAUACUAGAAAUCGUUGGAGGUGUUAUCCUAGACGAUCCUAAUGUCCGCAGAGCAGCUCUUAAUGUGUUAAUCAACUAUGAUAUCUCAAAAGUAUCAUUAUUAUUUACACUAAUGUUUCUUAAGCCCACAAGAUCGGCUAAGGGCCGUCGCAGUCGAAACUCUAGAGAAAACCAAGAAAAGAUUUGGGCUGUAAUACGCAAAUACAAUGGAAUCAACGUCAGUGUCCUCUUUUUUUGUUAUUUCAUAUUUCUCUUUUUCCUUUUUUAUGCCGAUGAAACUCGUGCGUUAGCUUGCCGUGCCCUUCGGGAAUUGGCAAAGUGGGAACCUGUUGCUCAGAUCCUUUCAAAAUUGCCAUUCAUUGUUGGAAAUGAAUUACAAGGGUUGAUGCGGCAACCAGUAAUGUUAGAGAAACGGUCGGAACACUUAAUGUUUUGCGAUGAGGCAAAGAAGCUGAUUGAAACAGUUACACAACGACCAAUGAUUGAUAAAUUGUCACAUGUGAUCGCUAACACUCGUGUCUCUUAUAAUGAAAAGGAGCUCUUGCAAUUGAUUCAUGACCAUCUCUUACGAAAAGGUCUUAAUCGUACUGCUUCGCAGCUGGUAAGUGAAGCAGAACUUCCUGAUGUUCCAGCUAGCCGUGUAACAACAACACCAACUCGAUUACCGCCAAUGGUAAACCUUUUUGGAACCAUCACCUGGACGCGUACGGAAGUCGAGUUUGUUUCUUCCACUUUUUCUAAUAGGAUUAUCUCUAAGAUUGCUACUCGUUCAAAUUUGUUGACAAGUUUUCCAGACGAUCUGUAUUCAGGGUCCUCUACUGUUUUCCCUCAAAAGCUGCAGCUACGGAGUUCGAUGUCUGGUGACCUAAUGUCUAAUUAUUCACGAGUUUUCCAUUUUGUGUAUUUCUUUAGGGUACAGCACUCAAAAUGCUCACAUCCAGUGACGACAUGCCCUCCAUUCUCUCUUUUCUAUCCCCAUCGAUGUCCUGAACCCAGAAGUGUUGGAUCGGUCCCUACAAACAUUGUCACACGAAUUAGCGUGAGAGACGUUUUGCCGACAAUGGUACACUCCAGAAAUGAGAGAUACGUGUUCAGUCGAUUUCGCCCUUCUCGGACGUUAAUUGAGCAUGAAGAGAUGUAUACAAGCUGUGCAUUUUCUAUCGACGAUGAACAUCUUAUUCUCGGGACCUUCUCUGGCGAGGUCCAUUGGUUGAAUAUGGAAACGGGAGCUAUUGAGUCUCACACAGUGUGCCAUUCCAGUGGUAUUACUUCUAUUGUUCCUAGCAAGGAUGGAAACUUUUUGUUAACGUCGUCGGCAUUUAUCAGUCCUUUAUCUGCGCUCUGGAAACUGGGAGAUCAACAGGAACAUGCUUUCGACCUGGCUGGAGAAUACUUUGUCCAGUUUCCUAAUCUCACAACUGACAGAAUUAUCAGUACCAAUGAUGUUGUGGCAACGCUGUAUGACACUGAAACGGGUCUGACAUUGAGAAAAUAUCGUCGGGAUUCCUUUCCUACUGGCUAUACACAUAAUCGAGCAUCUUUUUCGCCCUGUGACACAAUGAUUCUCAAUGAUGGAGUGCUAUACGAUAUUCGCGGGCCGGUGGUGCACACCUUUGAUCAGCUCAGUACAACUGGCUGUAGUGUAUUCCACCCGCACGGAAGCGAAAUUAUCAUCAAUACCGAAGUGUGGGACACACGUACGUUCCGUUUACUUCAUCUCGUUCCAGCAUUGGAACAAUGUAAACUCGUUUUCAACAGCACCGGUAAUAUUGUCUACGCGGCGAUGUACUCCGAUUGUGCUGACGUCUUCCGCAACAACUAUUGUGCAUCAUUCCGCACAUUUGAUGCCUUCGACUACUCUGUAUGUUUAUAUUUAUUUUAUGGAUCUCUGUUUUGGGUCCUGACAAUGUCAAAGGACGAGGAAACCGUAGUAAGGACAUACGAGGUUAGUGACAAAAUUUCCCAACUUUAUCCGCGUUGUAGCUUCGUUUUGAAAAUGUGUAAAUUUCUGGUUCGCGGUUUUAGGUUGGGAAAAGGCGUGAUGCUGAAGACGACGAUGUGGAUGAGGUUGAAGAUGAGGAUGGAACUGAAAGUGAUUCGGAUUCCUUUGUCGACGAUGAAGAUAUGGAUGACGGUGAUGAUGACGAUGAUGAUGACAACGAUAUUAAUGUUGAUGAGGACGAAGACGAUACAGGCGUCUUCGAAGCUAUUGGAAGGGUUCGUAAACAUUUUAACCAAAAGAACGGUUCGCAAAGCAAUCCUUUGGUUUUUCAUUAAAGUUGGAAGCCGGUUCUGA